AUGUCAUGCAGGAGUAGCGAGAUCCCAGUCCUGCUCCGGUUCGCUGCCGGCUGUCAACUUGUUGUCAACCCCAUGUUGGCUUCUCCUCUUUCUCAUGGCUUGACUACUGCUAGAAAGCCAUCUUCGGCAUCCAGCAUGGAUGAACCUGCUAGUUAUCCUGUUUCUUCUCUGGCCGGCUUCAUCGUUGCUUGUUGCUUGCUCGUCGUCGUCGUCGUCGUCGCCAACGUCAACGCCAUCCCAGGCCAGCGACUACAUGGCUAA